AUGACGUUGGAAAAAAAUAGACAUGCCAACAAGGGAACAAGUUGGACGUGGAUGAUAUAUAAAUUUGUGGUUGGGGUUAUUACAGUUGCCAUCCUAGUUUUAUUUAUAACACAGAAACUGGUGUCACAAGCACAAGAUAAGCUACGAGUAGAACAGCAAGCUAUAUUUAGUGAUCAGGAUACCCUACAGUUAAAACAUAUAUUCCACCAUGGUACUGGACCUAAGAAUUAUAGAUUACACAGAAGAUUAGACAUUACAUCGGAAUACUUGGCUAAACAUCAGCCAUAUUUUACAACACUCACUCAACAAUUACUGGAACCAGUUUUAGAAGAACACAUUGCAUCAGAUAAUUUAGAUAAAAUUUAUCAACAAUCAGAUUGGCCAGAAAUUCACAAAGGCAAAAACCCUUUUAGUAUUGAGUUGCCAUUUAAAAAAGCAGACAGUGAAGCAACAAGACUUAAAGAAAGAAACACGCUAAAUUUUAUUGAAUCGUAUCUUAAUUACGCUAGAGAUAUCAAGGGGGAUGCUCAGAUUUUAAACCGGAUCAAUUUAGAUUGGAUACAUGAUGAAAUCAAGGUCCCAAAUGUCACCGAUAGAGAUACUGUUGUUACGUUAGCCACCAUCUCAUCAAACGCGUAUGUCAGAUAUCCUAAAGAUGACGAUGAGAAAAGAAAGUCAGACUGGAUAGACUUAGGAGAUUGGGACCCCAAUAGAGAGGAUGAUGAUGUUAAUUUUGGUUGGGACGACAUCGGAUUAAGAGGGCAUGUGUUUGUCAGUAAAGAUAACAAGACAGUGGUUAUUGGUAUAAAGGGUACUUCAGGAGCAGGAUUACCUGGUGGUGGCAGUGACGAGACUGGUGGUAACGAUAAGACUAAUGACAAUUUGUUGUUUUCUUGUUGCUGUGCAAGAAUUAGUUAUAUGUGGACAACGGUGUGUGAUUGUUAUGAAAAAACAUACACUUGUAAUCAAGAUUGUUUAGAAAAGGAGUUGAGAAAGGAGGAUAAAUAUUAUCAAGCAGUCUUGGAAUUGUAUCGUAAUGUGACUGAUAUCUAUCCUCCGGAACUGACAGAUAUUUGGGUCACUGGCCAUUCAUUAGGAGGUGCCUUGGCAUCUUUAUUGGGCAGAACAUUCGGGUUGCCAGCAGUGGCAUUUGAAGCACCAGGAGAAAUGUUAGCAACAAGAAGAUUGCACUUACCUUCUCCUCCUGGACUUCCACAACAUAUGGAAAACAUUUGGCACUUUGGAAACACUGCUGAUCCUAUAUAUAUGGGAGUUUGCAAUGGUGCAUCGAGUACUUGUAACUUAGCUGGGUAUGCUAUGGAAACUACAUGUCACACUGGAUUACAAUGCGUGUACGAUGUGGUGACCGAUAAAGGCUGGAGCGUUAAUUUGUUGAAUCAUAGGAUCCAUACAGUUAUCGACGAUAUUAUAUUAACCUAUAAUGAAACAGCACCAUGUGCACCACUGCCACCUUGCCGAGAUUGUUUCAAUUGGCGAUUUGUUGCUCAUGAUGAUAAUGAAAAAGACGAACCGAAAUUGCCCAAUCCACUACGAAGCAGCAGCAAGAGUACGUUGUCUACUAAGACAACUUCACUCAAGUCCAGUUCAACUUAUAGUGGCAGUACCUCAUCAUCAACAGUCACCAAGACAACACAAACACUGCCCAUUUCCUCUGCCUCUCCAACAGAUCAAGACCCACCAAAGAAAUGCUUAAAGAGGACAUGGUAUGGAUGGUGCACCAAAUGGGGCUACGAUGAUGAUGAUGAUGACGAGGAUACCUUUGAGAGGAAAUAA